UGUUUCACUUUCUUUCUUCAAACAACAAGUGGCGUUCCGGAUCAGUUUGUGGUGUGGUGCUUUCUGGCUUUGGCGAUUUUGUGAUUUUUCCCCCGUUACCGACGGUGGUUGAGAAACAAAUCCCUGUGCAGAGCGCAGGAUUGUGUGUUGUGAAAAAACUAAAUCAGUGAAGAAAGAAUAGUUUGGGCAAAAUGAAGCUUUUGAUUGUACUCGCACUGGUUGCAUCCGCUUACGCGUAUCCGCAGCAUGAACAUCAUGAACGCCACGAGCAUCACGAAACAACCACGUACAUUCCGAUCCUAAAGUAUGACAAACAACAGGGAGAGGAUGGCAGUUAUAGAACUAUCUACCAGACGGGCAACAACAUCGUUCACGAAGAGUCCGGCUACCUGAAGGACGCAUCGGAAGACCAUCCGAAUGGAAUCUUGGUCCAACAGGGCGCCUACUCGUACGAAGCCCCCAACGGUGACGUCAUCCAGGUGCAGUAUACGGCCGACGAGAAUGGGUUCCGUGUGCAGAGCGACAGCCUGCCGACGCCACCCCCUGUGCCGCCAGCAAUCCAGGAAGGUCUGAAGGAGAUCUACGAGGGCAUCAAGCGCCGGGAGCAGGAAGCGAAGAACAAUCCCAAGUACGCGGAAGACGAAGCCAGACGGGCUCAGCUAGACUACAACGGACAGUACUACAACCAGUAGAGGCGGUGUGGUGUACCCUCUUGUACGGUGACCAACCGCCAGGUGGCUUCGUUCAAUGAAGAACUCCUUCGCCUAGCUUCGUUCGUAGCGUGCACGAGCUGUUAAGAAAGCGUUCUAGCGCUGUUCAGUAGAUUUCCUCUCGACGCAUAUUUAUAAUAUUUAAGCCUCUCAAAGCGAUGGCUACGCGAAGCGCGCAUUGCUACCACCCAAUGCAACACGUCACGAUAUUCAUGACAAACUUCAUAGCUGCCUUCAGCCAACGAUAGAGAUCACGUUUACGACAACAACUAAACAAAAAGCAUUAAAGAAAGCGCAACCAACAUAGACUGUGAUUAACCUAGCUACUUCAAACGGAAAUGUUAUUGAGCUGUUUGGUUUGUUUUAAAUAAAAGUUUACAAAAAGUAA